AUGAUCGAGCAGCUGCUAGUGCACGGCGCCGACGUUAACGCGAAAGGCGGAGUCUACGAUAGGGCAUUGCAAGCUGCUAGCGCUGGAGGCCAUGAGAAGGUGGUCGAGCGGCUGCUGGCGCACGGCGUCGAUGUCCACACCCAGGGCGGACAGUGGUCGAGCGGCUGCUGGCGCAUGGCGCCCGCCAGCCAUAGAGGCCACGAGAAGGAGGUCGAGCGGCUGCUGGCGCGCGGCGCCGACGUCCACGCGCAAGGCGGUCACUACGGCACAGCGCUGCAAGUCGCCGGCGAUAGAGGCCACGAGACGGUGGUCAAGCUACUACUGGCCGAUGACGCUAAGUGGGAAGGCGAUCCAACGCUCUUGGCAAUGUCUGAACGAUUAUCAUCUUGA